CAGCGCGCGGAGCCGGGGCGCAGCAUGACCGCCAUCGCCGUGCAGGCCCAGAGGCUGCUGGCCCCGAAAGUGCCCCACCGAUCCUUCUUUGAAACCUUCAUCAGGACCCUCAUCAUCCUUUGUGCUGCUCUGGCUGUGGUGCUCGCCUCUGUCUCCAUCUGUGAUGGCCACUGGCUCCUGGCUGAAGACCGCCUCUUUGGCCUGUGGCAAUUCUGCACCAUCUCGAACCAGACUGGACCUCACUGCUUCAGAGACCUGAGUCAGGCACACGUGCCUGGGCUGGCGGUGGGCAUGGUCCUGGCCCGCAGCCUGGGCAGCUUGGCCGUGGUGGCUGCCAUUUUUGGCCUGGAAUUUCUCAUGGUGUCCCAGCUGUGUGAGGACUUCUACUCCCGGCGCAAGUGGGCUACAGGCUCUAUCCUGCUCCUCCUGUCUUUCAUCCUCUCAUUCGGGGGGCUGCUGAGUUUUGUGAUCCUCCUCAGGAAGCAGGUCACACUCACCAGCUUCACCCUGAUGUUCUGGUGCAAAUUCACGGCCUCCUUCCUCUUCUUCCUGAAUGCCAUCAGUGGCCUUCACAUCAACAGCAUCACGCAACCCUGGGCCGACGCAAGGGAAUUUUAGGCCCUUCUCCAGGGACAUCAGAUUCUACAAGAAAUUGUGGCCAAGAUGGGACUUUCCCAAAAUGGAACUUUUAGCUGGGGUAAGGGUGGGACAGUGACCUUUAAAUUGCUGCCUCUUAGCCAAUAAUCUUUGGAUGGUCAGCUGGAAAUGACCCAGCAGAUUUUGUAGCUAAUCUGCAGGGUCAGAGGCCAGGAGGACACCUGAGUGUCACCAGCUGCACAGGCUUAGCCAAGUUAAUAGGUGUUGAUUUUAGAAGAAACUAUUUAAAACUCUUUUCCGUGAAUCCUUCCUGGGACGGGAAUAGAUUUGGAAGCACCUCAGGCAACCUGGUGCUCAGGCCAGCUACACAGCCAAGUGCAUUUCACACCUGUUUUAUUGACUUUAUGCUGGGAUACAGGUCUUAGGGGCCCUGAAGUGCCUCCUGGGGUUGCUAAGAGUGAAUCCUUCUUCCAGCUGUGGGUAUCAACAUCAGCUCACAGGGCCUUUGUGUAUAUUUCCUGGUGUAUAUUUCCUGGCUUUAGCUUUGGUCAAAGGGAGGCAGUGUUCAAGCUUCCUAACAACUUCUUGCACAUAGGUUUUCAAACCAUUUCACUUGACUCCUGGCCUUUAAAGUGAGACCCAUGGUCCCUGGUUAACCCUAGCUAUCAGCAGCUGGCUGUUGUUCCAAGGACUCUGCUUGUUGGGAUCCCAUCUUGAUUCUUCAAGAAGAGUUCUUGAGCAAGCCUUCCAGUAGGUCCCCAACAGUCCUUCCUGGGGUGUGUGUGUGUGUGUGUGUGUGUGUGUGUCUUUGGUAAAUGUAUGAUGGCCACAGGUACAAUUUUUGAUCCUAGAACAUAUUUCAAGGACAUAUAUCUGGACCUGCUCGAUUCCAGGAGGUAAAGAGGACUGGCCCGACCUUGGGUAAUGAUUAACAGCUGCACUGGGGAUGAGUGCACGUGAAGAGGGCCAGGAAUCAGUGGAGAUUUCCAUCCUUGCCUGCAGAUCUUGCAUUUUUGUGCAUCGGAUUGCCCUUUUGCAGUCCCUUUUCUGCCCAGUAGGUGGGGCUUUUUGCCCUCAGCUGCUGUUUUCUACACUGUCUCCUCCCCUGUCAUCUAAAUUCUGGCCUUCCUUGAUUCAUUCUGGCUGCCACAAAGGGGCAAAGGAGUGAGCUUUUUGUCUCUGUUUCUUUUCUGUCCAGUGGAAUCAUGUCCUAAUUCCUGCUGCACAUGCCUCUGGCUGUGAGUAACCUGUGUCAAAGGGCAGUGAGGACAGAGGGGCACUUUAUACCACAUUAGUUCCUAUAAGGAAGUUGGGGGUUCUGAAGCUCUCCUGGCCUCCAUUGUGACUUGAACAGAUUAAUUCAGCUGUUGUCUUGAAGGCUGUAGGGAGAGAGCUACCUGACAAGUGAAUCAACAGUAUGUCUACGUAGGGGGGCUCCACUUAGGGCCAAGUGCCUCCACUUAUGCUUCCUGGGUCUCCAAGUCCCUGAAAGGUGGUGGGUGGUGUCAUGGAAGCCCCCUCCAGGAAGGGGUAGGGACUGAGCUGGAGGAUCCUUACCUUAUUUUUCAAAGGCAAAACGUGGCAAAUACAGACUAAAUCUCAUUCCAACUACUCUUUAUUUGCCUGCCUCCUGGAACCCAUGGUCUACUCUUACCAGAAGAAUAUAAUGGAACCAAAUCUCAGACCCCUUCCCACCCAUGGUGCCCCAGGUUCCUUUAAUUCUGAGGAAUCAUCAACCUCCUCAACUGAAGACCUGGAGGAGGGGUCUUAUUGGUCACAGGAGAUGGCAUCCGGCUGUUGGGAAGCUGACUGUCCAGCAGCAGUGUCCAGCUCUAACAGGGCCCACACCGACCUCAGUCAUAGGUGGCCCUGCUCCAGCCUCUCAGAUGACGCUGGCCCUGUGGGAGCUUCUGUUUUGCUCCGAGGUGCUGGCCUUGGUGCUGUGAGUGAGGCCACUGGUGCCAUUGCUGAAGGAGGAGCUGAGGGCCAUGCGGUACAGUGGGAACUCACAGAAGUGCCACUGGCGCCACUUCUUCUGCACCUCCAGCUGCACCUGCCAGGAGACUAGCCAUCAGCCUUGUACUCAGUGCAGACUUGCCCCCCCCCCCCGCCAGCCUCCUCCACAUGGGCCUGCCAUUCCUGCCUGCUGCCAUGCUUUCUCUUCUUCAGACCACUCUGAUUGACCUGUUUUAGCUACUAGGUAUUGAGGAACCCAUCUCCCUUGGGUGCCUUCAUCUUCAAUCGCACCAUGAAUGUCCCCAAGAAAGGGCUUGUGCUUGCUUCACAGACUUCACAACCCAAACCCCAUGACCCCAGCAGUAACAGCAAAACUUUUGAGGCUCGGCUUAAUGCUUGAUCUUGGGAAAACAUCAGCACUUUUCCCAUUCAGUGUGGUGAACCGGAUGUUAACAGUCCCAGAAGGGCUACGUGUGUGCAGUACCAUCUUUGUUGAUUGUGUAGCUGCUGUGUUCUGACCCCAGCACUCUGAGCAGGGGCAGAGACCGUGAAGGAGCCCACGCUCAUCUGGAGGUCUCUGGGGGCUGAGUUGCGCACAUUCCACCCGAGCCACUCAUUUUACAGAAGGGAAGACUGAGGCCAGAAAAGAGCAGUGACUGAGGUCAUCAACUACAAGCAGCAGAGCAAUCAGCAGCCUCAGUUCUGGGGGGGCGGUGGGGGGGGCUGCACUUCCUCCAUUUCCUGAACCUCCCCAAUGAUCAGAAUCACCUGGAGUUCUUGCGGAAAAACACUCUCAAAUACAACCCAGAUUUAAAGCACCCGUUUUGCUUAAUAUUAGAAACUGCAGGUAGGGCCCAGCAAUUAUUUUAUUUCAUUCCCCCCCCCCCAGCAAUUACUUCAACAAGACCUCCAGAUUUUGUCUCUCCCAUUAGGUGAGUUCAGACUUCCUAAAAGACAGGCCAAAGCCUAGAACCUCAGCACCCUGCCCCCCAACACACACACACAAAUACCCCUUCCCACCACACACUCUAGGGAGAUCCUGAACUGGAAUCCAGGGUCUGGGGAGCUGCUCAAGGAAGGUGGGUACCCAAGAACUCACCUCCCCAUUGAGGAAGCAGUAGAGCACAGCCACCACCAAGCCCUGGGGAGUAGAUACGGGGGUUAGUGUAGACACCUGCUCAGCACAGCCUCAUCCCACCAACCUGCUCCCACCUGUGUCCUUUCAUCACCAGCCCAGCCUCACUUUCUCCCAGAAAGUGUUCCAGAGCCAUCCAGCACAGACUGAGCUGGGGAGAAGAUAAGGGUCCCUUUCGCUGUUGUCUCCAGCAUCUAGGCCAGGCUCACCUGAAUUAGUAAGGCCAACGGGGAGAAGUAGGGAAUGGUGGCACCUGGAGCCUCACUGGGAGGGUACAGAGCCAGCCCAGGUGAGCUCAUGGACCCCAUGUGGACUCAUUUUCAAGAUAAAGCUGGAGAUGAUUAAACAAGGGCAACUAUACAGUUGAAAACAAUUGUGUUAAUGUGUGGUGUGGUCAGAACAAAGCCUUAGUGCAGGGGUAUGACUGCCUUACCUACGGGACAGGUGUAUGCAUUUCCAAGGCCAGGAGUCCCAGGCCUACAUCUGCUUUAUGUGUUCUGGCAUCCAUAGUGCCUGUUUCCCACUGACAUACCCUGGCAUGCAGCUCUUCCAGAGAGAGGCCCCCAGUCUAGGAUAUGGGAUUUGAGCUCAGAGGUUUGCAUGGAGCCACUAGCUGUAAGAGUCUCUAAGUGCACUUUCUCAGCAACCAACCAGGGGCCAGCCUGCCCUCAGGCCCUCAGCUCCCCCAUGAACACCCACCUCCUUAGAGGUGGGUGCCAUAGCUCUGACUUCAGGUGGCCCAUUCAUGCCUGCCCUUAGCUACUGCUGUAUUAGAAAGGCCACCAAAGAGCCACAGAACACUCUGGUGGGCUGACGACAUUGACUGCUCAAUGUCGUUGGCAUUUUAACCAGAGUUAGUGGCAAAGCUAGGAUUUAUUUUAGAAUUUCAGGCAUCAAUGACAGGUACACGCAUAGGAUGGGGACUAUUGGAUGAGCAGGAGCAGGAUGCUCCCUUAAGACAGUGCCCCAAAUGGUGCUGCACAUUAAAAUCAUCUGGGAACUUUUUUUUUCGCGAAGAACUGGGGUGUAGGCCAGAGGUGGGGGUGGGGGUGAGUGAGAGGACUCACUGGAGAUGGAGUGGGGAGCAGAACAGGUGGAUUUUACUGAAAUACCCUGCUAAGGGUGCAGCAGGAAAGGUCUGUUGUGCCAUAUGCGGGCUAGCUCCCUGGCCAGGGAUCAAACAGGCCAUAGUGGUGAUAACACGAAGACUUAACUCCUAGGACACCAUGGGGGCCCCACCUGGGAGCUUUUGCCCAAGUUGCCCCUCCAAAUCCAAUGUCUGGAGGUGGGAGCAACAGCAGCUUUGAAAGAGCCCCAGAUGGCUCCAAUGGGCAGUCCCAUGGAGAAUGACUCUCAGAGGGCAAGAAAGACAGGCGAACCUGCUGGAAGUGGGGCUCAGCUUGGCCUGGGUAGUUGAGAGAUUUGGAGUUCCAGGUGCUUCAUUUCAUCUUUGCCAAAGCCCUAGGAGGUAGACCAGAGCAUCCCCACUGAGCCACGGGGAGGAGCAGAACAGGGGGAUUUUACUGAAAUCCCCUGCUGAGGGGGCAGCGGACAAGACGAGAGAUCUGUUGCAGGAGAUGUGUUGUUAGAGAGUCAAGUGACUUGUCACAAAGCAGCUUCCCGACCCAGACCCCCAUUUCACAUUCCUCGGAGGCAGCGACUUGGACUCUCUUAACGAAUUCUGAAUAAAGGCUGAUGUUACUACACCUGGGGUUUUCACAUUGGGAUAUUUUUAUGGACUUCCCAGCAUUCUUUUUCAAACACCUUCCUCCCUGCCCCCCAACCCUUCCACGAAGUUCAUCUUCCUGCCCCGUGUUCUGACGGCUGGGCCUGGGCCUCUGCACUGCAUUAUGUUGACUAAGUGUUUGCUGCGCAGAGCUCCAGAGAGGGAGUGCUAGAGUUACUUUUCCCUUUUGUUUUCCCAGGAGUCAAAGUCCCAAAGUCAUUCUCUCCUAAGUUUUUAUCUCUCCCCUUUUGAUUGGGGAGGAAUUUGGUUCCCACUGAGGGUUCCACAAGAGAGGUCCAGUCGUUUCUCUUGAGUGUGUGACAAAUGCACCAUCCCCCUUCCCAAACCACGCUGCUGGACUCUCCGUGGAAGACCUGGUUUUAAGUCUCUACAGUCUCUGUUUUACUCUAGGGGAGAACCCCUCUUUUCACCUUAAAGUCCCAGUCCUCAUGCUCACCUGGAAUGAACCAAGAGCCAAUUCAAAAAACAGCUGGACCUCCAUGGCAUCCUCUGGGGAGAAGGCAAAGACGAUGUAGUGGACUCCAAAGAGGGGGAUCAGCAGAAGGGUGGACUUGGCCAGGCGCCUGGGGAUACAAACAUGCUGCAGCCUCCUGUCUCCUCCCUUCCCUCUGGCGCACAGUCUGGUACACCCCACUUGAGCCCCAUGGCAGGGGACUUGCAUCCCCAGCCCCAGACUUUUUGGAUUUUAUUUUUUAUUUUGGAAACUUCCAAUUCCCACAUGUCCAUCACCCGAAUACCCCUCUGACCAGUCCCCAAACUUUAUAAUCACACACCUCUAUAGUAAAAAGAAUAUAUGAACAUGGACCUGCCUGAAUAACUUUAUUUAUAAAUUAUGGGCAACUAUAACUGCCAUUCUGUCUAAUAUAUUAUGAGCAAA